AUGCUUUCGCUCUAUUUAUUUAUUUCUGGACGGGCUGUUGGUGGCCGAACCAUUGGGCCAACGAUUGUGGUGGCUUUGGGUAGGACUUCUAUCGCGCUUUUUCAACCUCUUGACCCCUUCCCUCAAUUUUUCUAUAUCUCUACAUCUUUCUCUGCAAUCUUUGCAAUCUUUCUCUUUGCAUUGCAUUUGGGUCCACACGUGUACUACUUUCUGUGUUUGUCGCGCGACAAGAUCAACAAAAGCUGUAUGGGUGGCCACCCAUACCAGAAUCAACCUCUAAAAAUUUAA